AUGCCGACCGCACCGCACUGCGCCUCGACGUCUCGUCGCGCGUGGGCCAUGCGCCGGGCGCUCGCGGGGGCGCGAGCGACGUGCGCGAGCGCGUGCGCGGCGCGGACGCUCGAACGCGCGCGGACGAGGUCGAACGCGAGGGAAUUCGCGACGGACAGCGAGCAUCGAGAACGCGCGCUCGCAACCUAUCGCGGCGCGUUACGACGCGCGCGCCGCCUCCCGGACCCGUGCGCGCGACAUUACUGGCGCGAACGAUUCGCGAGUGUGUUCCGACGGCGGCGAGACGAGACGAGCGCGAAGCGAACGCGCGCGUCGCUGGCGGAGGCGACGCGGUGGACGCGGCGGCUGCGAAACGCGUUGGCUGACGACGACGAUUAUCGAGCGAUCUUGGAGCUCGCGUACGGGAUGCGAGGACGGUUUAAGCAUCUGGUGAAAGCGUGUGAGGAGGCGUGCGGGGAAGGGGGGACGACGCGGACGAGGAGGGUGGAGCGGUUCUCGCUGCCGCCGUUGGACGCGGAGACGGGGGAGACGUUUACGUUGCGGUACUUGUUUCGAGCGAUCGAGGCGAGAACUGUCGACGACGACGGGGGUGGUAACGUGGAUGAUGGUUUGAGUCGGCAGAUGCGGAUGUUGCGAUUGCGCACGCCGAGAUAUUUUCAUCCGAAUGGGUGCGCGGCGCGCGCGACAAACGAGAGCUUGGACGAACGCGACGAGAGCGCGGCAAAGUACGUGCGCGUGUGGCCUUGGGAGGCGGCGACUAGCGAUGACUUGGCCGUUGAUGCACCAUCGUACGGUAUCGGGACGAUGCCGCCGCCCGCGGAUUGGGAGAUGAUCCAUCUGGCGUUGCUCAAGACGACGUUUAUCCCGCUCAUGCGCGAGCGCGUGCCGUCGAUGGAUCGACGAAUACGACGAGUGUACGAACGAACGCUCAAUCUCGAGCGAGACUGCUUAAGAAUCGAUGACGUUCCAGGCGUAUUCUUGGAGGAUUUCCGAAAGUAG